CACAACUCACUGUCAACACGAGAUAUUCUUUACUUCACCAUUCACCCUUUUGGAUACCGCAGCAUAGAUAGCAUAGAUCAUGCUCUAGUAUGUUUAAUUGGUAUUUUGAAUAUAUUUUGCCAUGGUUAAGCAUGUCACCGACGACCAGAUCCCUUGGACCACUGCGCGCUGCAACAGACUACUGCGACCGAUCUCUUCACGCUUAACUGCGCUGAGGAAAGCAGCAGACAACGCGAGAACGCAGAAGCCAGAGCCGAGAAAGGAACAGGCGAAAGAGGAGGAAUGCCAGGCAGCGCUUACAUCACCGCGUCGAAGGACUUGGAAGAAGACUAGUGACACGAAGGACGAUCUAGAAUGGGUACCGGAAGCGAAACCUCUCAGGACAUACAAGGCCACCUCUCGACCUGGGAGACAUGUUCGAACUCCAAUGCGGCCAAAGUCGAAGCCUCCCAUGGGACCACCCGGCGAGAUUAACGUCCCUACACCCUUCAUUGCCCGGACGCUGCAGCACAUCGAGGAGAGUCCUCGCUACAUAUCUCCCCAGCAGGCCCCGCAGCGCGGCCGUAAGCCUCUCCACGUACAACAAAAAGAGCACCUAAAGGCAGUCAGGAAACAGACGAGUACCGACACAUUUGCUCAUAUCAGCGGUGCAUAUGCUGGGCUGGAGAAAGUGCUGGAGGCAACCGCGGCGUACGGCCCGGAGCGCGAACGGAAAGGCACGAGAUCUCUCAGGGCGACAUGCUUGCGUCAAGUUCCAGCUUACAUCGAGCUUGAAGAGUACUGGCAGAAAGAGGAGGACGAUGAUGACACCGAGGACGCGGCAGUGAGAAUAUACGAUGAUAUAGAGCAUUUGGCCCUUCGCGACGAGAAUGGACGCCAAGCGCUGGGUCAUGUUGUGCGCGCUUCUGCAAUCAAAAUGGUGACGGAAGCGUUACGGGAUACUGUUCUACCUCAGACUCUCUUGCUUGAGCUUGCUAAACUGUGCACCAAGACUAAAGCAUGGGAUGCCGGCGAGGAGAUGCUUUCAGUUGCACUGAUGACUCUGCAGCCGAACAUGCAAGUGCCUAAUCAUCCUCAAGACGACAUUUUUGAGGAACCGGAUCAUGCGAUCUUGUCGUUAUUCCGAAACUAUGUGGAGUCAUCAGGAAGCUGGUCGUUGUUCUAUCGAACGAUGGCUAAUUUGCUGAGAAGCGGGAAGCUCCCGGUUGAGUGGAUGGCUACAAAGGCAAUUCUGCCGAUAUGGGCCAAGAUCAUCAAGUCGAUCAACUCACAUGAGUCUUCAUUGGGCCCAGCGCUUGAACUACUAGAUGUCGUUCUUCUGAGAAGCUUUGGUCUCGCGCCGCCGAACCCAUGUACGGAUAGCGAAUCCCAGUGGGCAGACCAUAAUGCCACAGAGGCUCGGAGAAACCCCGUGAAGCCAUCUGUACGCGGUGCUCUCAACAACACGGUCAACAGUAUGCUUACCAUCUUUACCUGUGCCGGUCUUUCCGGAACCAGCACUCAAGGAGAGGACCAACCAUAUCCCGGAAGGUACCUGCGCUUACUGCACUACUUCUGCCAAUCGUUCUCGAUAGAACUGGCAAAGACCAAGAAGUCAAGAAUGCCAGGAGGGCCUCAGUCAGUCAUAACAACGCACACAGAACGCGCUUGUACACUUCUGGUCGCUGACUUACUCUUGUCGACAAGUGACCCAUACUCCAUGGGGAUCUCUGAGCACUUGAUUCCCCGGAUCGGCGAGCUCAGGCGCCUCGCCACUGGCGAUUUUGUCAAGAACACAUCAGUUAUUGACGCAAUAUCAAAGGUCCUGAACUCUAUCGCCCGCUCAUACGGGCACGUUACGCAGAAAGAUCAUUUUGAUACGUUGAAGGGAUUGUUGCAAUCGCUCACGAUAGUUUCUGCCUCUGCAGAGCCUAAAAAUGUUCAUUUCAUGGACCGUAUAGUGUAUCGUGCUGCGAUUGAGUUUUCUGAAAACUCACAGGACAAUGUGCACUUCCAGUAUGCAAAAUCAUUGGAAAAGACGAUGAAGCUUUCGGGUCAUGGCCUCACACUCGAUGUUCCAUCCUCGGAGUCGUCAGAAGACCCAGAGCCCACGAGCGAUUCUGGCUCAGAGGGUGACGAGCAAGAGCAGGGCUACCGAUGGGAGGAAGGCAUCGAGGAAUGGAUUAUGUGCACUCCUGCAGCGGUCGCGCGCAAAGGCGCUAAGAAUCUCGACAAACCGCUGGUUGAAGACGAACCGGAGUCGUCGCUGUCAAGUAGUCUGUCAGUGUCGACGCCCGUUGUGGAACGGCAAGACUUCCAAAGCCGGGAAAUGAGCGUGUACGAGUGCAGACUGGAAGCUGUCUCUCCAUCUAGGCACUAUAUGUCGCCACAAGUCGUUAUUUACACUCGUCCAAUUUUAGCACCACAGCCGACGCUCCCGCGGAAACGCCCUUCUCUUGCCCGGAAGAUCUCAUUGGCAGAAUCUCCCACGUCGAGUGGGACAUCAUCGAUCGAUUCAGAUGACGAGUCAGACGAGUCCGUAACGUCGGUCUCAGAGGACGACUCUCAGCAAACAAGGCAUCAGCAGCCACGCAACACCAAGAAGCGAAGCUUUGCGCAAGUUAUGCGCGAUCAAAGAGCCAAACGCCGGAGGACAUCGCUGGAAACAUCUUGUUCCGACAAUUCUGACGAUAACGAAGAAGAAGCCGUGGAGCAGGACGAUAUACAAACCGAUGACGAUCUAAGAAUCUACAAGGCUCCCGUUCGUCGCUCAAAGCGCGUGAGUGACAUGAUCGAUCUUGACACCUCCUUCUCCUCUACCAGCACAACUUCUUCACGCCGAUCCUGCCGACGACCAACUCGGGGUCUCAAGAGCCAAACCAGCUACACUUCUGUCCGCCAAGAUAAUCGCAAAUCUGCAUCAAAGUCGACCUACCACACAAACGACAUCCUGAAUGAGAGUGCCAGCGAAGAAGACGAGCUCAUAAUGCCAGUCAUACCAUCCCGCUCGCUACGCGCGACAUACUCGCAUAAGACCCGCGCAGAUACCACCAGACCUGAUUCUCGCUCAAAGGAGCGCGCUCAUCGUGCUAUUCGUAGAUUGUCGGCGGCACGGGGUGCUGUGCAGACGCGCAUGAUGCUUGACGAUGAGAUGAGUGGGGAUGAGCUUAGUUUUUGAUCAGGAUCCUUUUGCUCUGGCGUUUGUUGACUUUCUGGGGGUAUGGUGUAAUUUGGGUUUUUUUUGGGAUUGGAGCGUGAUACCAGGGGGUUGCUUGUUGGGCUGGUGUUUUGGAUUGUUUGGUGUUGUAUGGCUGGUGUUUUGUAGGUGUAGAUUGGUGUUUUGCUUCUAGGGCAUAGAUGGAAAUGGAAUGAGCCGUGGCAUGUGUUUUGUGUUUUGUGUGGAAGAAGUCCUGAGAUGUCUGAUUGUGAUGAGAGGCAGAGUACGCGGUAUCUCGUGAUCCCAUUGGAGAGCCAAGUCUCGUCUGAGCUUGACAGCCUGUGAAUGUGUAUUGGAAGUGGGGUCAUUGGGAGUGAGUAGAGAUGAUGCUUCUCAAAUAUAUAAUCUACGACUGUUGGUAGUAGUACUUGUCGUCUUUGGUGGCAUGAUUGUUUGUUUGUCGUUUAGCAUCUUGUUACGGACACUUUAGACUUGAUUCAAACGGUGAAAGUGGGAG